AUGUCGGCGCCAUCACCAACUCAACACCAGCACCGCUACCCCACACGUUCAUCUCCGGUGACACCUGCACCCACAACACCUGUGCGCAGCGAGAGUCUUUUCCACCUCCGGGCCGACAUCAAUGUCAAGGAGACUGUCUGCGGUCGGGACAGCAACGGGAAACGUCUUGCUCAGUGUGUGUUUGAAGGCUCAAGUUGGGAUGUCCUCAAGGUGCAAAUCUUUGCACACUGCCUGCCACACGUUGAGUACAAGGCUACACACGAAGGGGAGCCUCGUGUCUGGACGAUCGAGAGCGAAAAACCCACCAUCGCCGACUUUGACACGUUCAUCAUGCUCAAGAUGGGACGAUACUUUUUCAAGCCGGGCAACAGCAAUCAGGCGCAUCGUUACCUGGUAGAGCACCAGGAUCACACGUUCUCUGUUGUCGUUCUCAAGUGGGGCAGUUUGGUGUCCACAUCCACCGACUUGCAAGGCCUCCAAGAGCAAUGUAUUCGUCCCCAAGUUCAAGAUCGAUCUGGAGCUGCCGCCGAAAGUGCCCACAGCCAAAUGGUUCGGGAGCUGAAGGGUCAGUGGUCAACGACGUACUCAUCAUUCGAAUCGAAUUGGCGCAUGUGGGCAGCGUACAUCCUGAAGACACCAACACAUCAACAUGCCCUUCACAUAUCAAACCCACCCCCAGCCACAAUGCUUCACCUCUUUGAACCAGUGCUGAAUGGGGCUCAAGUGCGGAACCAGAACUUGCAGAGCAGCAUGGCAGUUGCCCUCGAUGUUGUCGACUCAAGUCUGGAGGGUUUGGCGACGUUGAAGUGGUAUAUUCAUGACGUAGCAUCCCGCAUCGAGCUGGACGAAACAGCGUUGAGAGCAAAGCGCCGCGCUAUUGAAGGUUUCUUGCAAGAAGUGACCCCGGUUGCUCAGCGAACAGAUUUGAUUGAUUUACUUCGGAACAUUCCAAACGUAAAUGAUGAUGAACACAAGGAAGAUGACGACGAAUGAAUGAUAU